AUGUUCUCCGUUUUAAAAGGGGCGAAGGCACCUCCGCCCUCCUCGGCCAACCAGGCCCAUUGGGAGAUUAUAUCCAUUGAGCACAUUGAGAGCGACGGAGUUGAACAACGCUGGCCAAAAAGCCCUGAAUAUCAGGAAGCAGAUCACACUGGAUACCUAGAAAAGUUGGCAAAGCUAUGGAUGAAGAAUCAUGGAGAGCUUGAACCUGGAAAACAUUACAUAUUAAGUGCACUUCCUGAAGGCUACAUACUUCUUUCUCGGGAACGCAAGAAGGAUCCACAAAUACGCGACAAAUUUUUAUAUGGGCACCCUUCAGGUCACUACUUCAACUCUAUUCUUAAGUUCUGGGAUCAUUUUGUUUAUUUAAUGACUGGAAAAGUCACUCCAUGCACCUGUGAUCUUUGCCGAUCUCCAGAACGCAAAGCCGUGACUAAGUAUUCCGACGGAAUGGCGCGCCAAAGUCGCAGCAAAAGAAAAUCAACAGCGAAGCCUACUCGUGAAUUGAAAUCUAGAGUUGCUCAUAAAGCCGUCCACGCCAAAAACAAGUAUCUUGCUGAGGACGAGGAAGGAAACCAAGAUGUAUUCAAGGAGCUCAUCCACAACCUCAAAUCCCAGAAAACUCUCGAUAUUCCUGUGGUAGAGAGUGACAGUAUGGACUGGAGAGCGGAGAGAGAACACCUUGAAGAACACCUGGCUCAAAUAUCCAUGCAAGGAAGAUUUAUCCCUCGAAUUGGCGAGCUAGUGUUGUGGAUUCCCAACCUUAAAGGGGCUGUUGAUUAUGACUUAAAAACAAAGAAGUUUCAAGAAUACCAUCCGCACGAGGACCGCGUGGUUGGUUCUCCAGCGUGGCGUGCAGGAACAGUUACUCAGGUACCGGCCGAACCAAUUGUUUUGAGUGAAAUCUUCUUCCGCGAGAAUGAAACACCGGCAUCUACCGCGUUUUGUUUUCGAAUCGAAACGUUUCCGGAUCCGAAUAGUGCCGACAAGUCCUUUUCAUGCCAGUAUAAAUAUGUUCCGCUUAGCCAUAUCCGACCAUUGAAUAUGUGGGAUAUUUAUUUACAGAAUAUUCCGUUUUAUUCAUUCCAUCCUUCCAUCCUCAAUGCUUUGACGAUCAUGUCGUCAUUCAGCAUGCUGGACAAAUAUCAUUUUAAGGGCGUGUGGCCUGACGCCUCCAUUUCCUGCAAAGGAAUUUAUCUCGGUGCAGAGCUACUUGUUGUUGGUGAUGUAGUUCGUUUGGUACCUUCAUCUAAACAUUCCGGGGAGCAAUUUGACAAGGUCACUGAUAUUUUGGCAAUCGAUGAGAUUCAAUUGAACUUUGUCAAUUGUAACGCAGACCUCUCUUCUCCUCAGCUGUGUGAGAAGUUUGCUCCUGUUAUAAUUGGCCAUUCCUAUACCAAUAAUCCUGGAAGGCUUUUCCGUGAUUCACCUUCCCAAUCUCCUACGGACCCAAAUCCUAUGACUGCACAUGAAAUCGUUGAAUCGUUCGAUAUGGUGGCGAUGCGUCAAUAUGGACCAUGGUAUCGCGUGCACCCUGAAUCGGAUAAAAUGCAUGUUUCAGUUGACCAAAUUAUGGGACGUCUUUACGAAUCUGACUAUGUAAAAGCCAUGUUCGGUACGUUGGACUUGAGCUAUGAACUUCAGGGCGUUAUCGGAGGUCGUCAAUACGGCCAAAAUACCGACGAGCGUAUUGCCGAAGGCAAACAAUGGUUUGCGGGUGACUAUCGUCUUGAGACACUAGCUCUUGAGACUUUUAACGGUAUCGAAAUUGGCAAUUUCGAUGAAGCUCGCGACUUGAAAAUGUGGCGUGCCAAUCUUAGAAUUCUUGAUGGUACUGCUACACCCUCAGAUAUUCGCGAUUCAAAAAUACCCCGUGCUCAAGGCCGCCUGAAGGAACAGGAUAUUAUUGGAGGAAGGACCGAGUCAUCCAAAUUCACGCCCAUGAAAAAUACCAGCUCUAUGGUGAGCACUGCACUAGCACCGUUUUCGAUCUUCAAUACCGCUUCAUCAAAGGGCGCCAUUACGCCAAAUGACGAUGAGGACGACAACCCUUCUGGCCUCAUCAGUCCUACCUCAGAUGAUGAUACCAGCGACGACUCUCUUGUCGAAUUAAUGCAAGUGCCUAUGGCUCUUCCCUAUGAAGUUGACCAGGCCGAUGAUGUCGACUAUGAACCGGCUUUCUCUUCUCAACCUCAUAUGAAAAGGCAAAAAAGGUACCACAUCGACUCUAGUUCUGAAACAUCUGAAACAACGUAA